CAAUUACAUUUAAGCCAAAGUUCUUUCAAACACAAACGUUCUAGAUGAAACAUGAUGCAUCGCUCCAAAUUGUACUACGUACCAGUACAUUGAUCUACAAAGGCCCAUAUUUUGUGUGACUAUUACUAUCACUCUUUGAUAGCAGAAAUGAGUCGUAGAAUAUCCUGACUAAUGAAUUGCUUCACUCACAUGUGUUUCGGAUUAAAACAGAAGAGGAUGUCAUAUAAGCACAGUUUUAGUAGAUAAAUAUCAAUGUUAUCGGUCAAACAAGUAAAGUCAGUAAAGUCGAUGUACUGACAACGAAAUAACCAUGGGAGAAUAUUACGGAUUAAAUGUGAAAAGCUUAUGCAAGUUAAUGGAAUGUAGUGGUCAAGAAGGCGCCAUCGAAAUUAACAAGCUGGGUGGCGUGGAAGGAAUCUGUGAACAAUUGGGUACAUGUCCAACUCAAGGAAUAACAAACUCAACAGAGCAUCGACGCGCCACAUUCGGUAGUAAUUCUACAUCGACGAAAACUCGAGAAACGUUCUUGACAAUACUGGGUGACGCCUUUCGCGAUAAAUUUUUUAUAACGUUGCUGAUUCUGUUUUUGAUUCUAUUCGAAAUUCACAAAUUAAUAUUUGUUGUUGUUGCAAUAGUCGUGACUGUUGCGUUUGACAAUUUUAUGGUGUGCAAGUAUCGGCGUUAUUUUGAUGUUGGUAGUCAAUCGAAAGCAGUGACUGUAAUUCGAAAUGCGACUGUGACGAGCAUAAAUAUUGAUGAUGUUGUUGUUGGUGAUGUGUGCAUUUUAAAUGAGAAUAAUGUCGUACCAGCGGAUGGUAUUUUAAUUGAAAGUGAUGGUCUCAAGUUAGACGAAUCGUUUAUGAAUGGGACCUCGUGUUAUACGAAAAAAGGUAAACAUCUCGACGCAAUGAUACUAUGUGGAAGUGAAGUAAUUGCUGGCAGUGGAAUUAUGGCGGUAACAGCUGUGGGAGUGAACACGCGUAAAGGACAGAUUUCUCAGGUGAUGGAGAUUCGAGCAAAGAAUGGCAAAAGUAAUCAAAUUGUGAGUGUAGACAGUGAGCGAAUAACUUUCGAUGCAGAAGCAAGUAUUCUACGACAGAAGAUUCAAAAAUUAUUUUGGAAAAUUGCUUGCAUUUGCUCGGUUAUUGGUGGAAUUAUUUUCGUUAUAAUGAUAGGACAGUUUUCAGUAAAGAAAUUUGCGAUUGAAUCAAGACCUUGGGCAAACCAUUAUUUCAAAGACAUAAUAUGGCGUCUGGCCGUAUCCAUCAGAGUCUCUGUAUCCGGACUACCAGAGAGUAUUGUUUUAGUAGUUCCGACUACGUUAUUCAUAACGUUUAAAAAGCUCUACCAGGAGAACAUCUAUUUCCGUCGUCUAUACAAAUGUGAAGCAAUGGGAAAUGUAUCGUCGAUUUGCUUUGAUAAAACUGGAACAUUGACCACAAAUAAAAUGGAAGUUGUGCUGUCUCAUAUAUGUGAUCAUCAACAAACAUGGACCACUGGAAAUGACCAACAAGCUAUACCGAAUAACAUCCUCAAGUUGAUAGCAGAUAAUGUAUCGAUAAACUCAUCCACACACAUCAAUAAUGAUGGCAACAUGGAACAGUUCGGAAAUUACACAGAACGUGCUCUAUUGGACUUUGUUACAAAAAUCGAUCUAAACUUCCAAACAAUCCGAGAUACACACUCUACACAGCGAGUGGCCCAUGUCUUUCCUUUUAAUUCUGAUCGAAAAUACAUGGGCACUGCAAUAAUGUCAAUAGGUAAUGGAACUGGUUAUCGACUCUUCAUCAAGGGAGCGUCUGAAAUUGUACUUGACAAAUGUAAUUUUAUGUUCGGUGAAAACGGCAAACUGAUGCACAUGACAAAUACCUUGCGCGAUCACCUCCAAAAUGAAGUUAUAAAGUCGAUAGCUACAAAACGUUUAAGAACAAUCACAUUAGCAUAUCGUGACUUUGUUACCGAGAAAACUGCUGUCCAUGAAACUUAUGUAAAUUGUGAACCGAAUUGGAACGACGAAGUGAAUAUUGUGCAAAAUUUAACGUUUCUUGGCGUACUUGGAAUUGAUGAUCCAAUAAGACCCGACGCUCCUGACACAAUCAAGACUCUUACAUCGUUGGGCAUCACUGUUCGAAUGAUUAGUGGUGACGACAUCGAAACUGCAAAAGCGGUCGCAAUAAAAUGUGGAAUAAUGGAAACAGAUGGAGAGAACGUAGCGUUGGAUGCUACAGAGCUUAACCGUUGCAUUCGAGACAAGGAUGGUGUCAUUCAGCACUAUUUGUUUAAUACUUUGUAUCCCAAUUUGCGAGUGAUUGCCAGAGCUUCACCUAUCGAUAAGUACAACAUGAUUGAUGGCCUCAAACGGAAUGGUGAAAUCGUGGCAAUGGUUGGUAAUAGUGAUGGAGAUGCUCUAGCAUUGAAAAAAGCAGAUAUUGGAAUUACACUUAAUCCAUUAGGUGCCGUCGCCGCCUGGGAUGCAUCCACUGUCUUGUUAAAUAAUGGUAAAUUAGAUGGAAUUGUACGAACUGUUUUAUGGGGUCGUAAUUGCUAUAACUCAAUUGCUAAAUUUGUGCAAUUUGCAUUGAGUGCUAAAGUGGUAAUUUUUGUGGUUACAUGUCUUUUUUCAUUGGGUGGUGUAUUUUCCUACAUAGCUUCAAACAUUUUUAUAAUUGACUUGUUUCUGGCCAUUCUGGCGCUGGUAUCGGCAUAUUUUACACACAAAAUCACGAACGAUUUGUCGCUGAACCGAUCUUAUGGACGAAGUGAAUCUAUAAUUUCGAAGACGAUGAAAAAAAACAUUUGGUGUCAGUCGGUUUUCCAAAUUUUUGUAUUGAUUGCACUCAUGUGUAUGUUAUCGUAUAUUAUGGAAAAUCACCUAAUUCCGAUCGUUUUCGUUAUGAUGACUUUCUUUAACGUAUUCAAUUCAAGAAAGCUUUUUACCGAACGUAACAUAUUUGAUGGAAUUUGUUCUAAUCUAUCCCUGUGCGUUGUUUGGGUUGGUGCUUUAAUUGUACAUGUGCUUCAAACCCAAUGUAUCAUACACCUUUUACCGCCAGAUUAUAACGAAUGCGAACCUUUGUAUUUAUUUGAGUGGAUUUUCUCAACAUUGGUUGGCUGUAGUAUUUUGAUCUGGCACCAAUUACUAUUAUGUUGCUGUAAAGAAAAACAGGUCGAACAUAAUAUUUCAGCGGUAUAACGAAUGUGUGGGGUUAUCCGAGGCUGCAAAUUUACGAUGAUGGGAUCGACAAUUAUGCUGCGUUUUCCAUUGUAAUCGGAUAUUCACCACAUGCUA